UUAGAGCUGCAAAGAACACUGUAUCCCUCCGGCCAGAAAGCUGCCUCGGUGAACCAGACCUGGCCCUGACGAUCGUUAAGAAAGCGUACCGGCAGAAGGCCCUGACCUGUCACCCAGAUAAGAACCCGGACAACCCCAGAGCAGCGGAAGUCUUCCACCAACUGUCUCAGGCCUUAGCCGUGCUAACAGAUGCAGCAGCGAGGGCGGCGUAUGACAAAGUGAGAAAGGCUAAGAAGCAAGCUGCUGAAAGGACACAAAAACUUGAUGAGAAGCGAAAGAAAGUAAAGCUUGAUCUUGAAGCCAGAGAACGAGAAGCCCAGACCCAUGAGAGCGAAGAGGAGGAGAUCAGGAUAACAAGAUCAUUAGAACAAGAAAUAAUACGCCUGCGAGAAGAAGGCUCCCGUCAGCUUGAGGAGCAGCAGAGACUCAUUCGAGAACAGAUCCAGCUUGAAAGACAGCAGCACAUCCAAGGCAAGCAAGAAAGAAAUGGAGCAGAAGGCAAAAUAACUCCCAAACUCAAACUAAAAUGGAAAUGCAGAAAAGAAGAUGAGACGAGAGGGGGAUACUCAAAAGAUGUUCUGUUGCGGAUCCUACAAAAGUAUGGCGAUGUGCUCAAUUUGUUGAUCUCAAGUAGGAAGACUGGGAGUGCAGUGGUGGAAUUUGCUACAGUUAAGGCUGCUGAGAUGGCUGUGAAGAAUGAAGUUGGCCUGAUAAAUAAUCCUCUAAAGAUUUCCUGGCUGGAGGGCCAGCCCCGGAACAACCCCAGCACCGUCCUUUCUGACAGCACUAGUCAGCCUAGGACUUCGCAGGCAUCAGUGGUAUCGGAACGGGAUUACGAGAGCCUGGUGAUGAUGCGGAUGCGCCAGGCAGCAGAGAGGCAGCAGCUUAUUGAACAGCUCAAGCGGGAAGAUGAGGAAGAGUCUCACACCUAGCGUGAGAGAGUAUGGAUUCUCCCCACCCUAUCAUUCUUCAUUUCCAAAGCUGUUUCUUAAAUUAAGUCAAUAAACCUCCUUUUUU